UCUGGCUAUGGCAAUGGAUCAUUCGCUGUCCCACCACAACAACGACCGACCAGGGCCGAAGCACGAAACAACCAAAAGCAUUUGCAGAGCAUGCUCGUUUCACUGGCUACCCAAUCAUCAAAGCUCAGAGAGCAUUCUUAGCCGUCCGAUGUCCAAUGCUUGCCCUCCUCUCUAGGCAAUAUCAAAAUGAAGCUGAAGCAGGUUCAGCUCAGACGAUGGGUUACUAGCUGGUCUCUUUUAAUCUCUCCGAAGCUUGCUCAUCGACUUACUCCCGUUCUGCGCCACUGUCUCCCCCCGUUGCUUGCCUGCUGUGGGAGCCGCAAGAAAUCCUAUUACAACAUCUUGCGUAUAGGAGGCUUUAUAAUGCCCAUAACUCUAAUCCAUUGCUUGAGAUUGACCUUGCAACCAUGUGAGUUAGACUCUCGUUCUCGGUGGCGAGAUGCAGCAAUAUAUUAACCACUUCUGGCACGGCUGAGGAAAUGGACUU